GUUCCUUUUGAAAAUGAAAAAAAUUAGCCAAGAUAAUAAUUUUAUAUCCUAUAACACGUAUUUUUCGUCGUUAUCGUUGUCCAAUCGUGAGUGAAAGAGUCACGAAUCGGUAAUCAGUUGAGUUGAAGCAAUGGGCAUAACUGUAGGGCGGAUAACAAAAACCCUAUCUUGGUGAUUGUCUUUCGGUUGUGGGAGAUAAGAAACAGAAACAUGGCAGCUCUUGACAUGAUGACUGGGAUGGUGUCGCACCCAGAUUAUUUUUGCCUUGAGGAGGCAAUGACUGAGCAGAAUAUUCCGCUUAUUGGCAACACCAUGAUGAUUGAUGGCCUUGAGGUCAUGCUAGAUCCAGAUUUCGAGGACUUGACAACAAAACCCUGUGUUCCUGUGAACAUUGAUGAUUCUGAUCUAGUGCAAACAAUCCUGAGAAAUCAGUCGGAUAGUUCUGUGGCAAGUGCAUGUGCCUCAUACCUUGAGCAAAUGACCGGUUAUAUGUGCGCUGAAGCUGCUUUGAAAGAGCAGAAACUUGAUGCAGUCAAUAUAGAGGUCACUUCAUGGGUCGAGAAAAAAAAGCUAAAAAGUUCUGUUGAUGUCUCCAGAGACAAUUUUCAAAAAUCUUUAGCUAUCGCUGCAAAAAGUGUUGUACCGAGUCCUGUUGUCAUACAGCAGAUGUCCCCUGCAGGCUCGGGUAAUGUAGUGAGUUUACUGCAUGGUACUAAUAACAAGCGUGUUUACAGGUGUUCGAGGUGUCCUUUCACCCACAAUGAAUUAAAAGAGGUUGCGGCCCAUCAGGCUACUUUUCAUUUGCCUGAAAAGAAAAGUUCUGCCAAUCCAUCUCCUGGUUCAUUGGCUGUAAAUAUUUCUAAGGUUCAGUGCUCACAUUGUCAACAAAAACAUAUUGUCGGUCGGUAUAGUUGUAGGAAUUGUACUUUUGAGACAAUGUGUCCCAUGGAGCUUGAACAGCACAUGUGGCGCAUUCAUAAGAGUAUGCACAUUUAUCACUGCCCUUGCUGUGCUUUCAUCUCGCAGACAUACAUGCACAUUGAAGACCAUUUAGUUCAAGAUCACGCCAUAGGCAAAGCAGAUGACACCACUCCAGUCCAAAAGGUUGUAGAAAGGCCAAAGGAAGUUAAAAAAACAGAAGAUCAAACGAGUAAAGAUGUUACCCUUAAACUAAUUACUGUACAAUCUGGCUUGUAUGUGUACACUUGUCAUAAAUGUUCAUAUAAAUCCAACUCUGAGGACAAGUUCAAAAUCCAUGUUUCAAAGUAUCACAACCCUUACAGCUGUAUGGCAUAUAUGUGUUUAUUGUGUGGGAAGGAGGCAUUCAACAAGCGAGGUCUUGAAUUGCACUCAAAGAAUCGCCACAAGGCAGAGCCGCAGUCUUUUGCUUUAAACAGCAGCAGUCGCAAAAUGAUGCUUGAAGUAACAGAGAGAAAAUGCAAGGAUUUCCUGAAAGACGGACUGCAAAAUGACAAUGUGACAUCCUCUCAAUGGUGGUGCAUGGUAUGUGGGUCAGGUCCUCAGCCGUAUGUCUAUCAUUUAACUCCACAUAUUGCAAGCCAUCUGUGCUAUACGCCGUACCAGUGCUCCGUAUGUUCAAGCCAGUUCAAGCUUCAGUUGUUGGCCAAUAAUCAUAUCAAGGAAUCAAAAGAGUGUGCCGAAAACCCAAAGGUCAGUGUCCGAAUUAACACUUACUUGAAGAAACUCCAAAUGGCUGACAUUGAAUUGCUGCGAAAGGAUAUUUUGCUCUUUAAUGGUUAUGCAGAAAGGAUGGCUUUGCCUUCAGAUAUGGAUUUGCCACACUUGUGUCAAAUUUGUCAUUUUGCAUGUAGAACGCCAAGUGCUCUCCUCCAGCACAUGUUCCUUCAUCUGUCAUUCAAGCCGCACAAGUGUCCAUUUGCUAGAUGUGAUAACUCCUAUACGUAUAAGCAUGGUUGUGUAUCGCACAUAAAGAAAACCCAUGGAAAUGAUAAGAAGCUGAUAGCUGGCAUCAUAACUGACUACGAAUCGAUGGUGGAACAGAAAAAGGAUGCUCAGAAUUUAGUUUUGGAGAACUCCAUUCAACUCCCUGAUGCACUUUUGGAAUCCAAGGUCUGCAGAGAGUUGGAACUUUGUAAACUCUGUAACUUUGGACCGUGUGGAAAAGCUGGACUUGCCAUACACCUGGCAUUUCACUCGAGCGUAUUUCCAUAUAAAUGUGGCAAAUGUGGGCAAAAUUUUAAACAAGAACUGGUGGCAAGUUCCCAUGCCAUGGAAGUCCAUCUUUCUAAUGAUAUUAUAAAGGAUGAAGCAGUGGCGGAAGUACAGCUGAAGUGGAUUGAAGCGACUCUAAAGACAUGUGGAAGGAUAGCGCCGGAGUAUUCCCUGAAACCCAUUCCUAAAUUUGAUCCCACUGCACCGGUUACACGAACCGAAUCGCCCUUUACCUCAUAUGCUUGUCAAGACACUCCAUAUUCUGCAACACCAGAACCGCAUCUGUCCACAUCCACACCAAAUUCCAACCAAAGAUGGUAUCCCUCUAAACAACCUAACUACAAGAAAGUGUUUCGCUGUCAGCAGUGCGAUAUGUAUAGCACCAGCUACAGCAAUAGCAAGAACCAUGUGGUCUGUACGCACUUGGCAUACAAACCUUACGAAUGCAGUCUUUGUGGGGCGAGAUUUCUGUCGACAAUGUUUUUAGGAAAACAUCUGACUAGCCACGGUCCAGACACAACACUAAGGAAAGCAAUGAAUGUGUUGGAUGACAUUUUUGAUGAACAGGCUAAGGCUGCAGGUGAUAUGAUUGUUGAGGUGGCAGUCAAUGAGGGGACCGAUGUAGCUCUACUCCUAGCUUCGAGUAAGAAAAUGAAGGGAAAAAAGCCUCCUGCUGCUCCAGCACCUGAGGUAACACAUUCCACAUCUGGUGAAAAAUCUAAGUCUAGCCUGGUACACAAAGAAUAUAUUUGUAUCCAUUGCAGAUAUUGGUGUGCCACAAGGAAAGAGGCAAGGCAGCACUUUUUAGUGAGCCAUACAAAAAUUAAGCCGUACUCCUGUACAUUUUGUUCAUUUGAGUCGGGUUUUCGUGUGUCCGUGCAAGAUCAUGUGAAUAGCAAACACCCUGAACUCCGAGGGAGAACUGACGUGGUCUUUGUGACUGAGGUGAAGGAAAAAUCCGUUAAGAAAUCACUGGAGCGCUACUUGACACAAUCUUACGUCAAGCAAAACCGUAGAGGAGAGCUACUCAAAGGUAGCACAGCUUCUGUCCCAGAACAUUACAGAGCAAUUUGUAUAAAUAGCUCGGGCAGGUCGUGUAUCUACAAAUGUAGUAAGUGUUCCUAUACAGCUAGAAGUAUUGAUGCUUUCAAGAAGCAUGUGCAGGAACAUCUGAAUAUUGAGCAAUACCGCUGCGCUCACUGUGACUACAGUAAUGACAAACACAUCUAUCGCCAUGUUCGCUUCAUACAUGGGUCAAAGGAAGAGUAUGAUGAUGUUGUUGAAACAAAGGCGUACAUCAUGCUCGUCACUCAGAUGGAAGACUUGGCAAGAGAGGUCUUGCUGCUGGAUGAAAUGUUUCAUACAGAGAAUGCAGGUGACCCAGUACCUGAAGCCUUCCCUAGUACUCCGGCAUAUGCAUGCAUAUGUAUGCACUGUAAAGAGAAAUUCUCGAGCUUAGUGGAGGCAAGGAAGCACCAUAAGGAGGUGCAUGUCUCAAAACAAUUGAUGGUUGAUGUAGACCUUUGCUUUACUGGAGCUGCAACUGAUCAAAGUAAACUACGGAAGGAAGAAGAUGAUGAUCUAGAUGAUUUCGAUGUUCCACCUGCUUGGGGUGAUGCAGAUACUCAACCUGAUUCUGACGAUGAACCGUUAUCAAAGAAGAUAAAGCAAGAGCCGAAAUCAUCAUCAAAGAAGGUCAAGCAAAAGCUGAAGGGACUAAAAGCCAGAAAACCUGCUGUUUCUCUGGAGACAAGUCCAGUAUCACCUUCAAAAACUGUGGCUAGUCCAUCUAGUAAAGUGGUGGUUUCUGCUUCAAAGAUGCUUAUUUCCCCAAAGUUUCUUGUUUGCCCAAAGGUUCCUGUUACUAAAAGUGUAGUUCCUGUCUCCAGCACAACAAAGACAUCAGAUCCAGUUGUUGAGGUGAAAGUUGUUACGGAGUCCAUGACCACUUCUUCGAGUAAUGUACCAGUUAAAACUACAAGACUUCGCCAAAAGAAGGCCCCUGCACGACCAUCUGAACAACUCCAAUGCCAUCUUUGCCAAAGCUUUGUUUAUAAUCUGACUUCUCUAAAGAGGCAUCUCAUCUUUAAUCACACUAAGCUGAGACCGUACAAAUGCAGCAAGUGCAUCUUUACCUCGCACGAAAGUUAUGAAGUGAAGAGACAUGGCAACAAGAUUCACGGAGGUAAUUCAACAGUGAUUAAGAAUCAAAAGGAUAACUUGAAGGCUCUUAAGACCAUGCGAACAAUGAUAGAAGAUUGGAAAGCUUCACGCAGUUGUGUGCAGAAGAGAAGCGCACUUCCAGUUGACUCAAAGUUGGAUAUGACGCCAGUUGUUCAACUAGAGGACAUCAAAAGGAAUCCAGACUUUGCCAAAUAUUUUGAGAUAUCUUCAAAACCUGCAUAGGUGCAUCAUGAACCUUCAGUAGAUGACAAUACCAGUGAUUUCCACAUUGAAGUUUCAGUUAACUUCCGGGAGGAGCUGAAAUGUACAAUUAUUAUAUUGAGCUAUGUGCAGUCUUUGGCUUGAUGUGUAAAAAAUUGCAAGUUUCUGAAACUUUGUAUAAGGAAGUACCGGUAGCAUUGAAAUUGCACCUCGGAGCAUCUCUAUUCAAAAAUUUUGUUGGGAGGACGUCCACAAUCCCCUCCCUCUCAUUUGUGGCUAAGCGCACAAUAUACAGUGAAUGCAUGGGAAAAUACAAUGUUCUGGAACAGCGAGUUGUAGUUUACCAGGUCUAAAUCUGGAUACUAAUCUGGAGAUGUGAGUGAACCUCGUUUUAGGUCAGAAGUAGGACUUUUGUACUUGGAAUGAAGUUGCAGCAACCUAAAAAAUUGGGAUUGUAAAAGUGGCAUCCAACUCAUACUUGUUUGAACAGGCCUGCAUACUGCAUAGGCCCAAGGCCAGAAAUUUUCCUUGUAUUGUUAUUGAAUCUUAAUUUUGAAGAUAUAAAAUUUGUGUGGUGUGCUACAGUUUUCGAAAUUCAACUAAGUUUUGCUAACAUGUUUUGAAUGAGGUAGUUGUAUGUUACUGACAAGAGUGAGGUUGUGUAUUAGGUUCCUCAGUUUUAGGUUAUGAAAUACAUGUACCUUGCAAAUUGUUUGAUUGUGAUUUUUAUCUCUGUCGAUUUUAUUUCGCAUUGAAAAUGUUAUUGCUUUUGUCAAUUUGUUUGCUGUUACAAAUUGCACAGAGUGAUCAGCUGUAUUGCAGUUCAUUAUCUUUUGGUCUGGAUUUACCUGUUCUGUGAAUAAGUACCUAAAGUAUUGUACAAUGUAUUGUUAGGCUUGUGCUAAAGUGAUCCUAUCGCAACCUUCUAAUUGUGUUUUUGUCUGCAUCAGACCAAUAAGGGUGGAUGGAAGUCUAUCUAUCACCACAGAAUCUCUCUCUGUGCAACUCAGUAACAAAGGAUGUAUGAUGUGUUUUCAUCACAACAGUGGUCAUGUUUGUCUUACCUAGGUCUAUUUGCAGGAUGUAGGAAGUAAGGGGGUAUAAUUUUUACAUCCCACAGAAACAGAUUUUUGACGAAUCUGCCACUCCAAGUUCAUCCCUUUCUGCAUAUUAUUAUGAUAGCAGUUGAUGUUGGAUUUUCCUGUACUAUGAAAAUGACUGGACAGCAAGUUUUAAGUGACAUCUUGUCCCAUAGCAAGAUGCAUUGAGUCAUUUCAUGUCUGUUCUGGUGGAUUGAGUGCAAGUUCUUGCUGUGGAAGUGAGAUUGGGACGGCUUGGAACCUCUCUAAAUAACAUGUACAUAAUAGUAAGAAGUGCUCCAUUACAGGAACUGUGUACAUCAGUUUCGUAUGGAAGUAAUUCAUAAAUCUGCAAGCCAGUUUGCCUUGCCUUUUUAAGGCAAUAUUUAUAAUGUUUUAGAUAUUGUUUGCCAUUAUAAUCAAGGUAAUAAACCUGCAAUAGAUUUCAUGU